CAUAAAAUUUUACUACACCUUUUCAGCAGAAUAAAACAUGAGCUCGUUUAAACGAUUAAAAUUGAAAAAUAAAAAUGCGAAGAAUACUAGUUCAAAUUUAAUGGCUAAAUCUCGUAAAGAAGUACGAAAAGAGCUUAGGAAACAGAAGAAGAUUAACAAAGCAAUUUAUUUCCAGCAGAAAAAAGGGUUACUUGUUUCGGGCAGUGACAAAGAUGAAAGGAUCGUUAAAGUUCAUGGCAAAAAAAAUAUUUGCAAGAAUGAAAUCGCGGCUAGCAUCGAAGUGCAAAAGAAAUCUGUUCAGAAAAAGAAAACUAAGAAGGUUGAACUUGGAAAAACAAAUACACGAAAUGAAUCGCUUAAACAGGCCAAUUUGAAAGAGGAUAAAAUAAUUAAAAAACUGGAGAAGCAGUUGAAAUUAAAUAAAAGAAAAAAGAAGACAAUUCCAAAAUCUUUUGCACUAGAUGGUUUAGAUUAUCUUCUGGAUUUUUGUGUAGAAGAAAAUAGAAAGUAUAUAGUGGAAACAGAGGAAAAGCUGUUAACAGACAAAUUUGAUGAUGAAUUUGAAGGAAGUUUUGAAGAAACUGUUGAAGAAGAUCUCCAGGAGAACACUUGUAUGGAAAAUGAAUUGCAUAAUAUUAAAAAAAAUAAAAAUGUAAAUGACCACUCAGCUACUGCAAAUGAGAAUGUAACUGAACUUGAUUCAGAGGUAUCAGAAACUGAAGAGGUAAAACCUGAACAAAGUAAAGAGAAUGUUCACAUUAAUAAUAAUGAUGGUUUGUGGGAAGAUAUUUAUGGAAGGAAAAGAGAUAGAGAUGGUAAUAUUAUACGAAAUGCUAAUAGAUAUGUUCCACCAGCUGCAAAAGUUGUUUCUGAUAUAAAUUCAGAUAAUGACAAACUGCAGUCCUUAAAAAAACAGUUAAAAGGCUAUUUGAAUAGAAUAACGGAACAAAACAUUCAUUAUAUAAGUAAUCAGAUAGAAACAUUGUACAUGACAAACAGCCGUAACAAUAUGAAUCUUGUAUUAUCAAAAUUAACACUGGAAAGUUUAGUUACAAAUGUAAUGACUCCGAAUAGACUUAUUUGCGAACAUAUGAUGUUGAUUGCCAUUUUGCAUGCAAAUGUUGGUACUGAAGUUGGUGCCAGUUUUUUAGAAAAGCUUGUUAAAACAUUUGUUGAAAUAAUAGAAAAGCCGCAAGAUGUAGAAAAUAAGGAAUUGGACAAUAUAAUUCUUAUGCUUUCACAUCUGUAUAACUUUAAGGUGUAUGGACACAAACUCAUCUAUCAGAUACUUCAUAAACUUGCAACCAAAUUUACAGAAAAAGAGAUUGAAUUGAUAUUACUUAUUUUAAAAACAGUAGGAUUUUCACUAAGAAAGGAUGAUCCAAAUGCUCUAAAGGAGUUUAUAAAAGAUCUACAACAAAAAGCUAGCCAUGAGAAUGGAGAAAACUCAAGAGUCAAAUUUAUGUUAGAAAUUUUAUUAGCAGUAAAGAACAAUAACAUUAAUAAAAUACCCCAAUAUGAUCCUCUUGAAGUGGAACAUUUAAGGAAAAUUAUGAAAAGUGUAAUACGUAAAGGCAAUGCAAUAGUGCAGUUCAAUGUGACUCUAGAAGAUCUGUUGCAUGCCGAUGAAAAUGGAAAAUGGUGGAUUAUAGGAUCAGCUUGGUCUGGAACAAAUACUAUUGAUAUCUCAACAGAAACAAAGAAACAUAACAAGUUCAAUUUUGGUACAAAAAUAUUAGAAUUAGCAAAGAAACAAAGGAUGAAUACAGACACUAGAAGAAAUAUUUUCUGUAUUCUUAUAACAGCCGAAGAUUAUUUGGAUGCAUUUGAAAAACUUCAUCAUCUUGGCUUAAAAGACCAACAAGAAGGCGAAAUCAUACACGUUUUAAUGCAUUGUUGUUUACAGGAAAAUAAGUUCAAUCCUUAUUAUGCGAUACUGGCUCAAAAAUUAUGUGAAUAUAACCGAAAAUAUCAGCUGACGAUACAAUACACAUUAUGGGACAAAUUGAAAACAUUGGAAACGUACGAAUCCAAACAAUUAAAUAAUUUAGCACAUUUUUUAACUUACUUAUUUAUUGAAAACUGCCUUGCUCUAUCAAUUUUGAAAGUUAUUCAAUUUACUGAAUUAGACAAACAUACCAUGAAGUUUCUUAAACAAAUUAUAUUGAAAAUUUUAUUACAUGAAAACGAAAAGGCUUGUCUACGUGUAUUUGAAAGAAUCUCUGUUUCCACUCAGCUGCAAACUUUCAUAGAAAGUCUUCGUUUAUUUAUAAACUGUUUUAUAAUAAAAAAUAUAGAUUCAAGUAGUAUAUUGGACGAGCAAAAACUAUUGUUGAAAAGAAGAGCUGAAUUUGUGGAUAAAAUGUUAAUUUUCCAUGGGUCCAAAGUCAUGUUUUAAAUGAAUAACAUGUUUCUUAACACGUACAGCAAAAAUAUGUAUGUAUGGAUUACAAUAAUUUCUUAAUUAUUGCUGUGCAAAAGUCUGCAUGCAAAGUUUGUAUGUAUUUUCAUAUUUUGAGUUCAAAGGGCCGCUGCAUCCGUAGCCACCCAGUCGAUGAAUACGAAGAAAAUCAUCACAAUCGAUUUUACCAUCUCCGUUGCAGUCCUAAAAAAAGGUGCCACGAUGAUAAGAAAACAACAUAACUAUACAUGAAUGCCUAUAGUAUACAUUUAUUUGCAACCAUACAUACCUGAGAAAAUUUAUCCAUAUAGCCUUGUACUGUACGAGCCGCACAAUAUGGCUCACUCACGCACUGUAGAUAUCCUUUCCAAAAAACAAGUAUUUUGAUUUAAUAAUUUAUUUUUAUUAUUAUCAUUUUUUUGUACUCGCAUUAAUAAUUUACUAACCAUUAUCACUUGAACUGUCGGUAAGGGUUGGUUUUCCAGCAUCAGCCCAGUAACUCCAUGUUAUGCGAAAUGGUCCACAAACAGCCUCGUCACAGCCAAGCGUCGUAUUACAUCCGGAUGCAGCUUCGCAUAUGCAUCCUAAGCAAACCUUCGAUAACGUUUCAGCUCCAGUCACUGAUGUGUAUUGUCCUGUAUAACAAAGAUGGAUAAAAAUAAUUUUCAAUUAACUUUUAUAUACAAUACAUUUCUCAAGAUAAUUGUUCAUAGAUAAUAAAGAAGACAAAGCAUUUGGUGGAGAAGUAACGGAUUUCUGUAUAGAAUCAAUGAUUUAAUGGAGUUUUGUAAAUCGUAGGAUUAUUUUAAAUGCAAAAGAAUUGCAAAAGUAUAAUAAGGUACUUGCUAUCUUAAGCUACAUUAUUUUUACUUUGAUGAUUUAAGGACGAUGCGAUCGACACAGAUAGAUAUUCAAAUUAAUGUCCUCUACAUUAUAAUCAAGGACUCAUACUUUUAUGUAUUCCAUUCUAUGAACGUGUUUACUGUUACAUAAAAAAUGAUGAUCAACAUUGA